UGUUGGAGCUUUUAAUCUUCCAGUUCUUUCAGAUUACGUACGUAUUCGAGAUCAGCAAAAUAUUCAUUUAGUAUAAUGCUGCCAAUGUUAAUUUCCGACUCCAAGAAGGUUUUCCUUGUUGUUUCCAGGAGUUCUAACCAAAGUUAUGAUCGUGCCUGAAAAUUUACGAUAAUAUAGUGAUCAUCUGAUGAAUUCAUUUUAAAAUGGAACCAAACCCAAUAAAACCAGAUUCUCCAAUGGAAAAUGAUAAUGAAAGUGUUAUUUCUGAAGUAACAGUUUGUGAGAAGGAAGCUAAUGUUAAACUCUCAGAAGAAAAUUCACAUAUUGGAGCUAAUCAACAACCAGGUGUGGAACAGAAGAAAACUUUUGCUGAAGAAAAUGGAGAAAAAGAGAUGGAUAAAGCACCAGCCCCUGAAGAAAGUGUUAUUUCUGAAGUAACAGUUUGUGAGAAGGAAGCUAAUGUUAAACUCUCAGAAGAAAAUUCACAUAUUGGAGCUAAUCAACAACCAGGUGUGGAACAGAAGAAAACUUAUGCUAAAGAAAAUGGAGAAAAAGAGAUGGAUAAAGCACCAGCCCCUGAAGGAAGUCUUAUUCCUGAUUUAGCAGAUGCUAAAGUUUCAAUGAAAGAAGAAGGGUCACGAAUUAAAGAGUCGAAAAAUCCUGGGGAACAACCAGGUGGGGAAGAAGAGGAGCUUCUUGUACUAGAAAAAGAAGAUGAAGACGAUGUUGAUUCAUUUCCCGGGACUGUCCCUAUUUCUUGGCAAGGGUGUAAAGAUAAUCCAGAUAUUGGUGAUUAUCCUGAGUACUCCCCAACUGUCGGCCUCUCCCCCGAUCAGUCACCUGCACACCUCUCAGAUGGUGCUCCUUCCAGAAAACCUAGAAAUGACAGACGUAAAGGAGAUGCUUUGCCAUAUUAUACUGAUGAUAAACCAAGUCUUAAAAGAUAUGUAUCUGAUGCUGAUUCUAAUACCUUGGUAAAAUCUGAAACAUUAAGCCAACAAGAUGCAGAAGUCAUAUUUGAGGGUGAGACUGGCAUAACUGAUAGCACGAAAGAGAAACUGCAAAGCCGAAAAAGAAAAAAAACAGAGAAUUUCUCAGGUGAAGCUGCAGAUGCCGAUGUUGAAUUUUUAUGCAUCGUGCCAAGAUCCGAGAAACCUCCCACAGAAAUAGAUUUAAAAGAAAGAGAUCCCCUGAAGUUAUAUUUUGAACGUACUUCUGAUAACUUUGAAGCAUCAAGUAGUACAGACAGAUCUGAUGACAAAAUAACAGAAGAGGAAUUAUGUCUUCUGUCAGGAAAAUUUGAAGCCAGUCCUGAAGUCAGCAAAGAUGACUCUUUGGGUUCAAGAAGUUCACAAAGUUCUUCAGAUAUGGAAAAGGAAAAUGAUAAUGAGGAAAAUUCGGGUGAAGAAUCUAAUGAUUCACAAAGUUCCGUCAGUAACAAAACAUAUGAAGAUGAAAAUGAUCAGGUGGAAGUGUCAGAUGAAGAAUCUAAUGAUUCACAAAGUUCUUUUGAAAAUGGGAAAAUAGAAAAUGAUAAUGAGGAAAAUUCGGGUGAAGAAUCUAAUGAUUCACAAAGUUCUUCAGAUAUGGAAAAGGAAAAUGAUAAUGAGGAAAAUUCGGGUGAAGAAUCUAAUGAUUUUCAAAAGUCGGCUGAAAAUCUAAAAUUGGAAAGGAAAAAUGUUCAAGAUGAGGAGCCAGGUGAAGAAGCUAAUGGGUUAACCUUCUUUGAUGCUGAGGCAGAACUGUCUGGAGAAGAUGCUGAUAGUGAUGAAGAGGAAGAUGAAGAUCCUAAUGAAGAAGACAUUCAACACAUUGAUGAUAACACCAACUACAAUGAAGAGGAAUUGCGUGAAGAAGUAGCUGCUGUUCAUCACAAACAAACAAGAAAAGAUGAUAUAAACGCCAUCAAGGCUCUAAAAACGAAGUAUACGGAUGAUGAUGACGCUCUUAGUUCAAAAAGACAGAAGAAGUUUAAUUGGUCAUGCUCAUCGGAUGUUAAAAUAGCACCUGAGCAGCCCAACGAUGGUAGUGAACAGAAUGAAAGUGAUGAUGACAUUAUGGACAAGGCCAUCUCAAUGAAAAGACCUUUGGAGCAGGAAUCCAAAAGUGAAGAUAUAGAGAAACCAUUGUUCAAGAAAAGAAAAAUUCAAACUGAAGUUGAAAAAUCAACAAAAAACACAGAAGCAAGAAAACGAUUCUCGAUGCUAGAGAAAAAAUGAAAUUUUUUAAAUGUUACUGAAUUUCCUAUAUUUUAUAGUCAUGUAUUUACUUUUUUUAUAAUAAAAGAACUAAGUGU